AGAGCGAACGGACGGAGCUUUCUGGCGUUCUUCUGCGCUUGGAUUAAAGGCUAUUCAAGGCCUUAAUUUAUUUGACGUAAAUUAAACUCAUGGAAAUGAUCCGUAGCAGCACCGAGGAGGUGAGCGCCGGCGGCAGCCCCGUGUCCUCGGUGGCCGUCCGAGAGCGGCCACGGCUGAGCACGACCCCCGGACCCUCCACGUCAGGACGCGGCACUGUGGCGUCGAGCUCCAGAACGAGCACAGGCAGCAGCCCCGAGGCCUCAUGCGCUUGCGCGUCCCCUUCAGGAGGAGGGGAAGGGAGUGGAGCGCUGAACUCUAAAGACUCUUACCAAGCAGACCUCAGCGCCAACACGGGUCAAAUCAGCUUGUCUGCCAUCAUUUCGGCUCACAGCAGCUCCUCCCACCGCUGUCUGAGUACGCCAAGAGUGUGGCAGGCCCUGUGCACCACAGGCAGACACCCCACGCGGACUCCGCAGGUGGACCACACAGUGACCACCUGCUCCUCUACUACCUCUGGUGUUUGUUCCGUGAUGGUGGCCGUGGUCGAGGGGCGGGGCCUGGCACGGGGUGAGAUUGGCAUGGCCAGCAUUAAUCUGAAGUUUCCGGAGCUCGUGCUCUCUCAGUUCGCUGACACUGGGACUUAUGCCAAGGUUAUCACCAGGCUGCACAUUCUAAACCCCUUGGAAAUAUUGAUGCCAGACACAGUCAGGGAGAAGGGAAAGGGGGCUAAACUCUUUAGUCUCAUCACUGAGAACUUCCAGGCUGUGGCCUUCACUGCCAUCCAGAGGAAGUAUUUCAAUGAAAAAAAAGGCCUGGAGUAUAUUCAAAAUUUGUGUGCACCAGAGUUUAGCACUGUCUUUAUGGAAGUCCAGACUAAAUACUAUUGCCUGGCCGCAGCCUCUGCUCUGCUGAAAUACACUGAGUUUGUCCAGAACUGCAUCUACGCACCCAAGUCACUUAAAGUGAGCUUCAAAGGCAGCGAGCAAACAGCCAUGAUUGACUCCACCUCUGCGCACAACUUGGAGCUGGUGGUCAACAACAGGGACCACAAAAGUGAGCAUACCUUGCUCGGGGUGCUGAACUACACGAGAACCCCUGGGGGGGCACGGCGCCUGCGCUCCAACAUUCUAGAGCCCCUGCUGGACAUCGACACCAUCAACACCCGACUGGACGCUGUGCACGAGCUGCUGCAGGAUGAGGAGCUCUUCUUUGGCAUGAAGAAUGCCAUUGGACACUUUCUGGACAUAGACCAGCUGCUCUCUGUUCUAGUGCAGAUCCCCAAACAGGAAACGGUUCAAGUGGCUGAAGCAAAGAUAGUGCAUGUGAUUCAGCUGAAACACACUUUGGAACUUGUUAUACCACUGAAGGCAGCCCUGCGGAGCUGUCAGACUGCCCUGCUGAAGGCCUAUUACAGCUCUUUGGAAGAUAGCAGGUUCGACAGAAUCCUGGAGCAGAUCAAGACGGUGAUAAACAAUGACACCAGCUAUAUGAAAGGCAGCCUAAACAUGCGCACUCAGAAGUGCUACGCGGUGCGGCCCAACAUUAAUGAGUUCCUGGACAUUGCACGCCGUGCCUACACUGAGAUUGUAGAUGACAUUGCAGGACUGGUGACAAAUCUUGCAGAGAAGCAUAACCUGCCACUUCGGACCAGCUUUAGUUCAGUGCGUGGCUUCUUCAUUCAAGUGAAGCUGGAAAGUGUAGCCCUGCCUCAUGGACAGCUCCCAGUAGAGUUCAUUAAGGUCACUAAGCACAAGAACAACUACAGCUUCACCACAGCAGAUCUCAUCAAGAUGAAUGACCACUGUGAAGAGGCACUGAGGGAAAUCUUCCAUAUGUCAUAUGUGGUUGUAUGCCAACUGCUGAGCACAGUUCAUGAGCACAUAAACUGCCUCUACAAGCUGUCUGACUCUGUCUCCAUGCUGGACAUGCUGCUGUCGCUGGCCAACGCUUGCACCGUCUCUGACUACGUGCGGCCGGAGUUCACUGACACACUGGCCAUCAAGCAGGGCCGACACCCUAUUCUGGAGCGCAUCUACGGACAGCAGCCCGUCUCCAAUAACAGCUACAUCUCCGAGAGCAACAACUUUGUCAUCAUCACUGGGCCCAACAUGAGUGGCAAGUCCACCUAUCUCAAGCAGGUGGCACUGUGCCAAAUCAUGGCUCAGAUAGGCUCCUUUGUUCCAGCUCAGUAUGCAUCUUUCCGAAUCGCUGACCAGAUUUUUACUAGGAUAGGGGUAGAUGAUGACUUUGAGACAAACUCCUCUACCUUCAUGAUGGAAAUGAAGGAGGUGUCGUACAUAAUCCACAACAUUAGUGACAGAUCUCUCAUUAUCAUGGAUGAACUGGGAAGGGGCACCAGUGCUGAGGAAGGCAUUGGUAUCUGUCACUCCGUUUGUGAGUUCCUCCUCAACUUCAAGGCAUUCACCCUUUUUGCCACCCACUUUCUGGAGCUGUGCCAGCUGGAGACACUUUACCUAAACGUGGAGAACCAGCACAUGGAGGUGCGCCACACCCGGGCAGCUAGCUCAGGAGCCGAGAGCAUUGUCUACACUUACCUCCUGAGCCAGGGCAUCUCAGAGGAGAGGAACUAUGGUCUGAGGGCAGCAGAAAUGACAGCGCUGCCACAGUCUGUCAUCCAGGAAGCAAAGCAGAUUGCGAGCAGAGUCAGCCAGCAGUUGAAGGCCAAGCAGCACAGUGACCCCAAGACGCUUCGUAACCGGGCGGUUUACCGCCUGGCCACCCGCCUCCUGCAAGCUGCCAGAAACUCACGGCUAGAUUCGGCCAGCCUCCGCCUCUACCUGCAGGACCUCAGGAGGCAGUAUGAGGCAGAGUUGCAGGUUGCUGAGGAGCCAGCGUCCAUAGACAUGGAGGGAUGAGCCAGCGGGCAGAACAAGAAGCAGCUGGGACGAAGCUCACUUUCCAUCUGUCAGGACAGUACACAGAGAGAGGU